AUGCUCUUGGGGAUCCAAGCCGCGCUAGUCCUGGCUGCGACCGGUCUUUCAAGCCUCGCGUCGGCACAGAAUGUUAUCGAUCUUAGCGGUGACGGGUGGACGGUAAGUAACAAGGAGCUGGGUAUAUCAGUUGUCGGAAAGUUGCCUUCUCAUGUCCAGUUGGAUCUGUAUGCGGCUGGUGUUAUUGGUGACUACUACGGUCUCAAUGACUUCAAUCUCCGCUGGGUAGCAGCUCGCAAUUGGACAUAUGUUAGCCAUCCUAUCAACGGACUGAGCGAUGACUACGAUUCAUCAUGGCUUGUUUUUGAUGGAUUGGAUACAUUCACGACCAUCGAACUUUGUGGGCAAUUUGUCGCGGCGACAAAUAAUCAAUUCCGACAAUAUCACUUCGAUGUGUCCAAUAUAUUAAAGAACUGUAGUGGUGAUCCCAUCUUGAGUCUCAAUUUCGGAAGCGCACCGAACAUUGUCAAUGCUAUCGCCAACCAGCCAGGGCAGGCAGAAUGGCCAUAUGGGAUCCAACUCACCUAUGAAUACCCCAAUAGGGAAUUCAUGCGCAAGGAGCAAUCGGACUUUGGUUGGGACUGGGGACCAGCAUUCGCUCCAGCUGGACCAUGGAAACCGGCAUAUAUCGUGCAGCUGCAGCGUUCAAAAGGCCUCUAUGUCUUGAAUACAGAUCUGGAUAUUUACAGAGAGGGACAGCUUAACCACCUGAUUCCGGACCAGAGCCAGCCUUGGGUGGUUAAUGCAAGUAUCGACUAUCUGGGAGAUCUCCCAGAAGGCGCUUCUAUGUCCAUCGAGAUCAGAGAGGCUGACAGGCCAGACUUCGGUCUCGGAACCACGCCGCUUGACAAUGUGACUGUUUCUGGGAACUCGAUUACUGGUACGACUCUCAUAGAUCCAGACGCACCGAAGCUUUGGUGGCCGAACGGUCUCGGCGAUCAGAAUCUGUAUACUAUAACGGUGAGUGUGAUCGAUCAGAAGAACAAUACACUCGCUACUGUCACAAAGAGGAGUGGCUUCCGGACAAUCGUGCUUAACCGGACAAAUAUUACCGAGCAACAGCUGGACAUGGGAAUUGCACCUGGAGCGAACUGGCACUUUGAGAUAAACGGGCAUGAGUUCUACGCCAAGGGUUCGAACUUCAUUCCUCCGGAUGCGUUCUGGCCUCGUGUUACAAAAGAUAGGAUGAACAGGCUAUUUGACUCGAUUGUCGCUGGAAACCAGAAUAUGCUACGGGUCUGGGCAUCUGGGGCUUACCUCCCCGAUUUUAUCUACGACAUUGCAGAUGAACGGGGAGUGCUGCUAUGGAGUGAGUUCGAAUUCAGCGACGAUUUAUAUCCCGUUGAUGAAGAGUUCCUCGACAACGUCGCCGAAGAGGUGGUCUACAACGUGAGACGCUUAAACCACCACCCGUCAUUAGCUCUCUGGGCUGGUGGGAAUGAAAUAGAAAGCUUGAUGCUCCAGCUGGCGAACGAGACCGAUCCUGAUCACUACGGCAGAUAUGCUGGAGAAUACGAGAAGCUAUUCAUCAGCCUCAUUCUACCUCUGGUAUAUGAGAAUACGCGGUCCAUUUCGUACAAUCCUAGCAGCACGACAAAUGGAUAUCUCGAAGUCAAUCUCUCUGCCCCAGUGCCUAUGGUUGAGCGAUACUGGAAUCUCACACCUGGUGCUGUCUACGGCGACACCGACUUUUAUAAUUACGACAGCAGCAUCUCGUUCAACUAUUCCGCUUACCCCGUCGGACGCUUCGCCAACGAAUUUGGCUUCCACAGCAUGCCGAGUCUCCAGACCUGGCGGCAGGCUGUUGACCCAGAAGAUCUACACUUCAAUAGCAGUGUAAUCAUGCUGCGGAAUCACCACUAUCCCUCUGGUGACCUCAGCACAGACAACUUCAAGAACAGUUCCAUGGGCAUGGGCGAGAUGACUGUCGCUGUGGAACGGUACUACCCGAUUCCUAACAAGACAGAUUCGGUAGCCAACUUCAGCGCCUGGUGCCAUGCGACUCAAAUCUUCCAGGCAGACAUGUACAAGUCCGAGAUCCAAUUCUAUCGACGAGGAAGCGGUAUGCCAGAACGACAACUGGGAUCGCUAUACUGGCAGCUCGAAGACAUCUGGCAAGCGCCCACAUGGGCUGGUAUCGAGUACGACGGCCGCUGGAAGGUACUUCACUAUGUUGCUAGAGAUAUCUACCAACCCGUGAUCAUUUCUCCAUUCUGGAACUACACCACCGGAGACCUUGAAAUCUACAUCACAUCAGAUCUGUGGGAAUCAGUCUCAGGAACGGCGAAUUUGACUUGGCUAGACCUGAAAGGCAAACCACUACCUAAUAACGCUGGCACUCCAUCCUCAGCCAACUUCACAGUUGGGGCGCUCAACACAACUAAUAUUUACACCACAAAUGUUAACAAUCUCACCUUAUCUAACCCAAGCGAUUCCAUUCUGAUUUUAUCUGUCGAAGCAAUUGGCAACGCACCCAAUACUCCGUCAAACUCGUCUGCAAAGGCGUUCACGCAUCAAAACCACUUCACGCCCGUCUUCCCGAACAAGCUGAAACUUGUUGAUCCUGGUCUAUCAGUCACCAAGGGUCCCAACGAAACGACGUUCGUUGUGGAAGCGAAGUCAGGCGUCUCGCUGUAUACGUGGCUGGACUAUCCGGGCGGCACAGUAGGAUAUUUCGACGAGAACUCUUUCGUGCUGCUGCCUGGACAAAAGAAGGAAGUUGGAUUUACUGUGCUGCAGGACAAGAGUGACGGCGGAUGGGUCAACAAUGUUACGGUGUCCAGUCUGUGGGAUCAGACGACUCAGUGA